AUGGAAGAGAGUAAAGUUGAGGGAGAUAGUCAUCAUUCACAACCACGGAAGCAUUAUCAUGUGUUCCUCAGUUUCAGAGGAAAAGAUACGCGCAGGAGUUUUACUGACCACUUGUAUGCUGCGUUACUACGAAAAGGGAUCGUUACUUUUAAGGAUGACAAAGAACUUGAGAGAGGACGAGUCAUCUCGGAGGAAACUCAUGAAAGCUAUCGAGGGCUCUCUAAGAUUGUGGAAUUUAAGGAGGAUUUUGGCCUCAUAGUUUUUCCAGUAUUUCAUGGCGUCAAUCCGUCUGAUAUACGACACCAGAAAGGAAAAAUUGGAAAAGCUUUUGAGAAACAUGAAGCCCAAUUUGCACAAGACAAAGAAAAGGUGCAGCGAUGGAAAAAAGCUUUGACUCUUGUCAGCAACUUUGGUGGCUGGGACACCAAUGAUCGGCAUGAAGCGGAUAUCAUUGAAGAAAUCGUUGCAGCAGUAUGUAGUCGACUGGAGGAAUCAGAAAGAAUAGGUUUAGUUGGCUUACAAAGGAAACUUCUUUCUCGUGUCCACCAAAACAAUAUUGAGAUCAAUGACUCAGACGAAGGAACGGUUGCAAUAAGACACUUUUUAUCCAAUGAAAAAGUUCUUAUUGUUCUCGAUGAUGUGAGUCACAUAAAUCAACUGGAGAAUUUGGUCGGAGACAAAGAUUGGUUUGGUGAUGGAACAAGAAUCACGCCAGAUUUCAAUGGAGUUCCAAAUCUUGAAUGCUUGCUUCUUGAAGGUUGUAAGAGCCUAUUUAUGGUUCAUGAAUCUCUUGGGCAGCAUAAGAAACUGGUAAAGUUGAAUUUGAAGGACUGCACACCUGAGAAUCCUCCCCAGAAAGUUGGAGAUGAAUUCUCUGGUGGAGCUUCUUCUUUCUGGAUGCUCAAAACUUCAGAAGCUUCCCAAAUUGGAGAAAAUAUGAAAAAUCUGUCCACAUGCGAUGUGAGUGACACCAAUAUAAGAAAAGUCCCUUUCUCCAUCAUUCAUCUGACAAAUCUCAAAGAGCUAUCUCUUCAUGGAUACAAAGGGCCAUAUUCCUUCUCACCUCUGGAUUCUCUUCCUUGA